ACGUGGUUAAGUUAGAGUAGUAGGUGAUUAGCUCCGGGUGUUUGUGGGGUGUUUACAAACUCAUAUACAUUACUGAACAUUACAUUAAAUAAAUCAAGCUGUGGUUAUUUACUUUGCUUAGUCGAACUUCGAAGAGCGCGAGAGACACCCGUGUUAAUUGUUAAUUAAUCAAUCGUUAGAGCAUACGCGAGUAGUGAACACGCCCGGUGAAAGUUAACAAAAUGGAGUUGAAUUUUAUAACGACCCUUAUAAAACACGAUGUGAACCACAAUGUUAAACAGUGCUUCAAAUCUAAAAAGCCUUUCGUUACAAGAAAAGAAGAGGUCAUGGCGAUCAGAAGUAAAUUUCCAAACAAAAUACCGCUCAUCGUAGAAAGAUACCACAAGGAGAAAAACCUGCCAACACUGGAUAAAACGAAAUUUCUAGUCCCUGAAGACAUUACAAUGUCACAAUUCCUAGUGAUUAUACGUAACAAAAUUAGGAUACAGCCAAAUCAAGCUCUCUAUCUAAUAAUCAACAACAGAUCGAUGCUAAGCAUGAGCCUAACAAUGGCACAAGCAUACGACCUCUACGGCGAUGAAGAUGGCUUUCUUUAUAUCACAUACGCCUCUCAAGAAGUUUUCGGUUACCAAGACGAUAUGACGGGGUCAAACAAAGAGGUGCAAGUGAUCAGAGAUAGAUUCCCCAACAAAAUUCCGCUGUACGUAGAAAGAUACGCCAGAGAAAGAGAAGUUCCUGUUUUGGGCAGAAACAAAUUCUUGGUGCCGCAGGAACUCACUAUGUCCCAAUUCCUCUACAUCAUUCGGACGAAGAUGAAACUCAGAGAUUCACAGGCAUUGUACCUUCUAGUGAACGACAAGGUGCUGGUGAGCCAUAGUAUGACGAUGGCUCAAGCGUACGAACAGUUCCGUGGCACUGAUGGCUUUCUCCACAUUACGUAUGCCGCACAACAAGUUUUCGGCUGAAAAUACUGGUAAGUACAUCUGCUUGUGCAUGAGAAACUGGCAUUUAAUGAAAUGAAACCAAUGUAAAGACUGAUAGUAUUAUAUAUUAUGUGAUACAUUCUAGUUUAGGAUUUUUUUAAUUAUAUAAUAGUUCUGUUUGGCUUCCCGUAGUAAAUGUAUUGUUUUAGGUCGGUUCCAAAUUAAUAUAUUGUGUACAGUUCAAUGACAUUAUUAUUACGAAAUUAAAUAUUAUUUUAUGGAAUAGAUUUAUGAGUAACUGUUAUUAUUAUAUUUUGUAAAAUACUUAUUAAUUUCUAAUUAGUGUUGAUUGUAAAACAAAGUUCUUAGGACAUUUUAUAAUGAUCUCAAAAAUCAUAAAAAUAUUGGUGUCUUAUCCCUUACUUUAUUUAAUUAAGGUGUUAAUGUAAUAGGCACUAUAAAAUUGGAACUAUAAUUAAAUGUUAAUGUUUAAGAUCGAUUAUUAAAAAUGGAAUUGUAAAUCGAAUUGAAUUAGAAAUGUUUGUAAGAAUAAAAAUCUCCUGUAAAUGUAUAACGCUUUAAUGAUUUAGCUUAGGAUUAGGCUUAAUUAGUACAGAUAAAAUUUUAAUAAAUGAUUUACCGCUUAA